AUGCAACAAGAGCCUCUUGUCCGAACGCUCUUUCGGACGGGAUGGAAACUUGGCCCUCGUUCCACCGCAGUAGGGCUCUGGACCAGCCCCCAGCCCUUUGCAAUCAACUAUCUCUGAGGCAGCUGUCUGGAAAGCAAGCACCGCUACCGCUACGGUACCGCCAGCUACGUACAGGCUUUGCUCCCCAGCAGACAGCAGUCAAGCAGUCUCGUCGUCGUCAUCGUCGUCGUCGUCGGACAUUGGAAACAGAAGACAGCGCAUGGCUCGGUCGGACCGUGAAGAGCAGUGAGCUUGGAACAAAACUACAAAGUCGAGCCAAACCCAAUGGGUUACGUGGCUUUCGCACAGCUGGAUGACGUUUAUAAGCGAUUGAAAGCAGACGCUUCACAAGGUGGUGGUUCCGCAGCUUCCACGGUCCUCAUUUUCGUCAGUCCCGACGCUGACGCUCUGUGCGCCCUGAAGAUAUUGGUGACCCUGCUAAAGUCCGACUGCAUAGCACACAAGGUUGUGCCCGUUGCGGGGUAUACAGAUUUGAGCGGAGCCAAUGAAGACCAUGUGGAAGACAAUGAGGAGUUGCGGAGUAUCGUCAUGCUCAACUGCGGGGGGUUGGUCGACCUCACGGAGCUGUUCACUCUCACGAAUGCUAUGACCGUAUAUGUCUGCGACUCGCAUCGACCUCUCAAUCUGCGGAGUUUGUUCGGCCAUGAUCAGAUCAUAUUUAUGGACGACGGAGACGUGGACGAUCUGAACGAGUUACGGCAGGCAGUCGAAGAACUAGAGUUCGAAGACUCCGAUGACGAAGACGACGACGAGUUUGAGGAAGCGGACGAUGCCGAAGAUGAGAACGAUGGGAACGACUCUUCAGGCGAUAAACCUGAUGGAGACGAAGAGACGUCCGAUAUAGAGAACGAUGAGGAUGAUAUGGAGGAUGCGGAUAUGGAGGCUGGGGGAAGCAGAAAACGGAAACGAAAGCCACCAGAGUCGAGAAACGCAGGGGAUCUGGAAAAUCCGCCGAAGAAAGCGCGGCUUGCGAGGAGGGCGAAAAGGAAACGAAGGCAGCGUCAUCAACGACUCAUUGCGGAAUACUAUUCUGAGGGCGCGUACUAUGGACUUUCAGUAGCAGGGAUGCUAUACAAUCUUGCAACGCUGCUGGGCAGGGCAUCGAACGAUUUCUUAUGGCUUGCACUGGUUGGUCUAAGCGAUCAAUAUCUCCACGACCGAGUGGACCAUCGGCAGUACUCAGCACAAGUCUCCACAUACAAGGGCGAGGUCUUACGAUACAACGUCACCAGCGGCCCCGGCUCCCAGUCAACCGAUAUGGACGAUCUCGAAUCACUAUUCGGCGAAUCUCUGGAUCAACAAGGGCGCACGGAUCAGAGCAGACAUAGCGCUGGGCCGGUGAUCCGGUGUGAUGAUGAGUUUCGGCUCAUGUUGCUGAGACAUUGGACGAUGCAUGAGUCUCUGCAUUACUCGGUUUACGUUGGAACGAAGCUGGGGAUAUGGAAGGAGAGGGGGCGGCAACGGUUGACGAACUUUCUGGUCAAGAUGGGACUACCACAUAAGGAGUCCCAACAGCGCUUCACCGAAAUGAGUCUACCAUUCAAACGAUCGAUCAAAGAGAAGCUCAUAGCAGUCUCCCCCCGCUUCAACAUGACGGAGAUCGUCUUCCCAUCAUUCUACAAAAGUUUCGGCUUCCGAGGCCUCAUGUCCGCCCCCGACGUCGUCUACUCCCUGACGUCCCUCCUCGACGGCGGCGCAGAGUGGAUAGCACAGCACGGAACAGGGUCGGGGUACCCCGAACUGAUGACAACCGUCGGACAACUGGGCGGUGGAUCUAGACAAAGGAAGAACGAAGGCGCCGAGGCGGAUGUCUUUUCGGGGAGUCUUGCUGGCGUGGGUGUGGGAACGCGCACGGGGAUGGCGGCGUUAGCGAUGCGGACGGGGGAUAUGGCGGGGAUGCCUGUUGAUACGGAUGAGGAGGGGAGUGUGGUGGAGGAGGAUGCGGAGGAUCCGGGGAGGAAGGCGAGGAAGGAGAAGGAGAGGGCGUGGGUGCGGAAUUUUUAUGUGGCUUAUGAUGCUCUUGAUGGGUUCGACCUCCUACAACACGGCAUCCAUCUAGCAAUGAACUUCCAACGCGCCCUCGUCCAAACAGGCAUCGCCAUCAUCGAAAAGAAACUCACCCAAACCCUCCGCAAUUUCCAACUCACCGUGCUCACCGGCGAAGGUCUCGGGUCAGGGGUCGACGUCACAGGCGCGCUAAACGACGACAACAAUUUUACCCUGUUUGGACGGAGUCCGGCGCAUUUGGGGCGGUUGGCCAAGUUCUUGGUGGAGGCUUUCAAGGAAUUCAAGGAGAAGGAUCUUCCGCUGGUUAUUGCGGCCUUGAACGAAUCCGCUGAUGCAUUUUUGAUCGUUGGGUAUGCGGGCAUGACAAGAAGGGGCGUCAUUCGCAGAAAUACAUUCGGACCAGCAUUCCAACAAGCCGCCGAGCAAACCAACGCCAACGUCAAGCACGACGGGUUCGAGGCGUCGGUUAUGGAGGUUAAGCGGGAAGAUCUGGGCGAUUUUUUGGAGACUCUGCAGAAUUUGAUGCAGUGAUUUAGAUCGAUGGUUGUUUGGGGGGUUGGAGGGGGGUUGGUUUGUGGAGGAGAAUCGGUGGAACGGUGGAUUUGGGCAGCUGCUUCUUUGAACAUAUAUGUCAAUGAUGAUGUUUGCGCUGCACGCACACUCUGCGCUUUUUCAUCCAAUCCCGACUGACUCAUGAACAGUUCCAAGCUUCAGCUCGAGAACCUCGGUUAUGCAUAAGUGCAUCCAGGGUAGUUUUCCAAAGCAGGUCGGGGAGGACGCCGUGAUUCAUCGCCGUAGUUAGCCGCCCCCAGCUUGUGGUAACGGUUGUGAAAAUGCGGCGUUUUUGCAGAGUUCGUGGUUGAUGAGUUAACUCAACUCAACUCGAAAAACAUAGUUUGUUAUACGACUGUGGAGUUGCAGCAUGCACAGAGAAGCAAGGAGAAAGUAAUGACUUCAAGACCAGCAGGCAUACCUUCGCAGACACCAUUAUUGAAA